AGAAAUUUCUUAGUGGACAGGACGUAAGAACAAAACACUUACUUGGUGUCUAAAUUAGAUUGUAAGAUUAUCAUAUUGCAGGGCUAUUUCUAUGUUGCUUUUUUAAUAUUUAGAACCCCUAGUAUCAACUCCACUUUCCUCAUAGCCAUACCUUUUUAUAUUUGCUGAUUGAGAGUAAUUUUGAUAUUACUGAUUGCUAUGAAAAGAUCUGGAAAAUGUAAUAUUGUACUCAGGUUUGCUUUAAGUGACUUGUAUUUUAUCUUAGGAAGACCGACACUACCAUCUGAAGUUGGAAUAAUAGUUUGUGACAUCAAUAAUUCAGCCUCACUUGAUGAAAUGGCUAAACAGACAACACUUGUCCUCAACUGCGUAGGACCUUAUCGAUUUUUUGGCGAACCUGUAGUAAAAGCAUGUAUUGAAAAUAGAACCAGCUGCAUCGACAUCUCCGGGGAACCUCAGUUUCUGGAACUAAUGUAUUGGAAGUAUCAUGAGAAAGCUGCAGAAAAAGGGGUUUAUAUCAUUGGAAGCACUGGCUUUGACUCCAUUCCCGCAGAUCUGGGAGUAAUAUAUACCAGAAAUAAAAUGAACGGUACUUUGACUGCUGUGGAAAGUUUCCUGACUAUAAAUUCAGGACCUGAGGGGCUGUGUAUUCAUGAUGGCACUUGGAAGUCAGCAAUUUAUGGUUUCGCAGCUAAGAAUAGUUUGAAAAAACUGCGAAAUGCAUCAUGUCUGAAACCUGUCCCAGUCAUUGGUCAGAAGUUGAAAAAAAGGUGGCCAAUAUCAUUUUGUAAAGAACUCAGCACAUACACGAUUCCUUUCUGGGGAUCUGACACAUCUGUUGUGAGGCGGACUCAGCGUUACUUGCAUGAAUAUUUGGAGGAACCACCAUUAAAAUUAACAAAUAAAUUCCAACCUAAAGUUGGAUCUAGAUCUUCCAUUUGGUUGUGUGUCGUUCACACACACUUUCUUCUUCCGUUACUGUUGUUUUCUGCAGAGGCUGGCUAUGCAGCCACACCCAUAGCCAUGGUCCAGGCAGCCAUGACUCUUCUGAAUGAUGUCUCUGACCUUCCUAAGGGGGGCGGGGUCUUCACACCCGGAGCCGCUUUCUCCAGAACAAGGUUGAUUGACAGACUCAACCAGCAUGGUAUUGAAUUUAGUGUGAUUAGCAGCUCUGAAGUCUAAACAGUUGAAGAACUGAAGUCAUUAAAUGCAUGAAUUAACAGCUCCUGUAUUUGAUAUGUGAGAUUCUUCUAUAAGCCUGUCUGACUGUAUGUGGAGAUGAUUGCCAAAGUGUAAAAUCUACACAUUAAAAGCAGGAAAUUGUACUAACUUACUCUGAACUUCAAAUCUCAGCUGAUUUUAUUGCUUAUGAAAGAAAACUAGCAUCGCCUCACUUUUUCAUUGACGUGUUCCUGGUGGGCUGGCGGUGAGUGGGCGAGGCGGCAGGGCCCCUGUUGGUGCUGCCGAGUGGUCCUUGGAGAGGCUCUCGGGCUGGUGCGGCUGUGGCAGUGGCCGUUGCUCACCUGGCCUCCAUGGAGUGGGGUGGUCUCCCCAGUGAGUUUCUAGAGCUGCAGUGUGUGUGAGCUUUUGCUAAAUGGAUUCCACUUUUUUUUUUUCUAUUUUGGCCUGGUUUCUUACCCAUCUACGCUGAUUUUGGACUGUUUGCCAAGUUGAAUAAUAAAGAGUUGUCAAUUUGAA